AUGUUGCGCUCGCCUCGGUGUGUCUUUGUCGGCAACAUCCCUUACGAUACUACCGAGGAACAGCUCCGUCAGAUCUGUGAGGAGGUCGGGCCCGUGGUUUCCUUUCGGCUGGUGACAGACAGGGAGAGUGGCAAGCCCAAGGGGUACGGCUUCUGCGAGUACAGGGACGAGGAGACAGCACAGAGCGCGAGGCGGAACCUCAACGGAUACGAUAUCAACGGCCGGCAGCUCAGAGUUGACUUUGCCGAGAGCGACAAGAGCGGCCAGCAAACGGGAAAAGGAGGACCCAGUGCCCCAGGAACCCAAGGAUACGGGUCCACUCAACAGCAGCAGCAACAACAGCAACAGCAGCAACAGGAACAGCAGCAUCUCGGCCGGUACCCCUACCAGCAGCAGCAGCAGCGCCGCUCUCCUCAACCAGACUCCUCAUUAUCCCAACAAUCGUAUCCGUCUCCCCCUUUAGAGUCACUCACUCAACCCAUCGGGUUUCCCGCUGCGAUAGAAGCAGCUUUCUUUGUAGCACAAGCGCUGGGAGCGCCACCACCGGUAGUUGUGAGGAAGCCGAGGAAGGGAGAUAUGGCGACACCAGGAGGUGGGGAUGCUGAGUCAGCAGACCCGUUGACCAAUCAGCUCGCAGGGAUGUCCAAGCAGCAACUAUACGACCUGCUGGCGCAGAUGAAGGUGCUGAUUCAGACGAACCGGUCACAAGCACGAGCCAUUUUGGUGGAGAACCCUCAGCUCGCCAAAGGCCUGUUUCAAGUAGUCUUCUUAAUCUGGUCUCUGUAUCGCCUCCCUCCGCUCAACCCGCUGCCUCUUUUCUCCAUCCAUCCCCUGCGUUCCUCUGGUUCCCCUAUCCUCCCCUCUCUGCCUCUCCUCCCCUCUCUGCCUCUCCUCCCCUCUCUUCCGCUCUCUCCCCUCCCUUCCCGUCCCCCCAACCUUCCCCCCCAAUCAGCGGCCCCAAGGGGGUCCCCCUCUCCCACAAGGCCCCCCUCCCCCACACCAGGGGCGACAGCAGGAGAUGAGGGGCAGAGGAGGAGGGUAUGGUCGGCCGCACCCCUACCAGGACCAAGGCCAGCCUCCAAUGGACCCGUAUGGCCAGCCGCAGUUCAUGACGCCCCCCUCUACCCCCUAGACGCGCCCCCGCUCCCCCCCCAUCCUCCCCCCGCUGCUGCAGCUGCGCCUGGGGGUGGUGGGGGCUAUAUGGAAGCGCCGUCAGGGGGGCCGUUGAGGGGAAUGGGGAGGGGGGCGAGAGGCGGGGAAAUGAGGGGAGGGGAGAUGGGGGGGAUGGGCGCAGGGGGGAUGAGAGGGAUGGGGGGUGGGCCUGGGUAUGGGCCUGGGGGAGGGGGAGGGGGAGGUGGGGGAGGGUAUGGAAGGGGAGGGAUGCCAGAGCCACCACUGCCAUCACCAGUUCCUGCUGCUGCUCCUGAGCCGGUAUUGGACGUGGAGCAACAGAAGGCCCUCCUGGCUCAGGUGAUGAGCCUGACACCUGAGCAGGUGAACGCCCUCCCACCUGACCAACGUGCCCAGGUGCUGCAGCUGCAGCAGGCUCUGGGCAGGUGA